AUGAAUCCUUUUCUCUUCCUCGCCAUCUUUUGCUUGGGGGUGACCUCAGCUGCUCCAACUCUUAAUCACACUUUGGAUGCACAAUGGGAGGAGUGGAAGACAAAACACAACAAAACCUACAGCACGGAUGAAGAAGGACAGAGGCGAGCGGUAUGGGAGGAGAACUUGAAAAUGAUUGAGCUGCACAAUGAGGAAUGCAGACACGGGAAACACGGCUUCACCAUGGAGAUGAACGCCUUUGGGGACCUGACCACUGAAGAAUUCAAGCAGGCGAGGAAUGGCUUUCAGAGGCAGAGGCGCAGAAUGGUUAGAGUCUUUCAGGAACUGGAGGUAAAAGAAAUCCCCAAAUCCGUGGACUGGAGAGAGAAAGGCUUUGUGACUCCUGUGAAGAACCAGGGUAGGUGCAAUGCCUGCUGGGCUUUUAGCGCCGUUGGGGCCCUAGAAGGACAGAUGUUCAAGAAAACUGGCAAGCUGGUGUCACUGAGCGAGCAGAACCUGGUGGACUGUUCCCGUCCCCAGCGCAACGUGGGCUGCAGGGGUGGCCGGAUGGAUUUCGCCUUCCGAUAUGUUCAGCAGAACGGAGGCCUGGACACCGAGGAGUCCUAUCCUUACGAGGCCAGGGACGGACCCUGCAGGUACAAUCCAGAACACUCUGCUGCCAAUGCCACAGGUGAAGUCCACGUUCCUCCCAACGAGGAGGCCCUGGCCAAGGCCGUGGCCACCGUGGGGCCCAUCUCUGUUGCCCUCGACGCCAGCCACAAUUCCUUCAAGUUCUACAGGGGAGGCAUUUAUUAUGAACCAAAGUGCAACCGCUUUGCCCUGGACCAUGGUGUCCUGGUCGUUGGCUAUGGCUUUGAAGGAGAAGAAUCAGAAAACAGAAAAUACUGGCUGAUCAAGAACAGCUGGGGCAAAAACUGGGGCUUAAAUGGUUAUGCAAAGAUAGCCAGAGACCGGGACAAUCACUGUGGGAUUGCCACCUGGAUCAGCUACCCCAUCGUGUGA